CCUCUUUUUCCCUGACGUUCACUGGCAGCGCAGGAGGUUGUUCAAGAUGGCGAGCAGAGCCAUGUCCGCGGCAUUGAGCAGGGCAGUGAAGGUCCAGGCCUGCGGGCCCAGCGUCCUGCUGGUCAGGGGCCUCUCUGCCUCCAGUUCCAAAGCCAGAGAAGACAGUUGGCUGAGAUCACUGUUCGUACGUAAAGUAGAUCCUCGUAAAGAUGCUCAUUCGAACCUACUGGCCAAGAGAGAGACCAGCAACCUCUACAAAAUACAAUUUCACAAUGUAAAACCAGAAUGCCUUGAAGCCUACAACAAGCUCUGUGAGGAGGUACUGCCAAAGGUCUAUGGAGGAGGGGAAUAUCCGUGUACAUUGGUGGGCACUUGGAAUACAUGGUAUGGCGAACAAGAUCAGGCAGUUCACUUGUGGCGGUAUGAAGGAGGCUAUCCAGCACUCACAGAGGUGAUGAAUAAACUUCGGAAAAACAAGGAAUUUGCAGAGUUUCGCAAAGAACGGAGCAGUAUGUUGCUAUCCCGUAAAAAUCAGCUACUACUUGAAUUCAGCUUCUGGAAUGAGCCUGUCCCUAGACCAGGGCCAAAUAUUUAUGAGCUGAGAUCUUACCUACUUAGGCCUGGAACCAUGAUUGAAUGGGGUAACCACUGGGCUCGUGCAAUUCGAUAUCGGCAAGACGGUAGUGAAGCUGUAGCCGGAUUUUUCUCGCAGAUUGGACAGCUAUACAUGGUCCACCAUUUAUGGGCAUACAGUGAUCUGCAGUCCAGGGAUGACAUAAGGAACUCGGCCUGGCAGAAAGAUGGCUGGGAUGAAUGUGUCUACUACACAGUCCCUCUCAUACAGGAGAUGGACUCCAGGAUUAUGAUCCCAUUGAAGAUUUCUCCACUCCAGUAAUGCACAGUGUCUAUACCCACAUUUCAAAGAGUGGCAAACCUUUUGGUCGAUGACAUCAUCAAUGAAUGAUCACAUUUGGGCUCCUCGUGCAUAAUUCAGAACAUAGCUAUUCCUAUGGGCAAUUCAUGGAUUGGUUUAAUCUCCCAAAGAAUAUUGAUUUGGGUAUACUCCCUCCUGUAAUUAUGGUCUGGUAAGCAUUGCUUAGCAAAGUGGUGGUGAUAACUUACUGAGUAGGUUGACCUCGUGUGAGGCCACCUUUUUAUGCUUCACAUGUUAUGUGCAGCCCUCUGAAGUAGUCAGUAGGCAUUUGAGUCUCUCACCCUGUGCUAGGCCAGUGAUGCCCAACCUGUGGCCCUACAGCUGUUGCAAAACUAAUACUCCCAGCAUGCCCGGACAGCUUACAGCUAUCGGCCUACAGAAGGCCAUCGUGGGAGUUGUAGUUUUACAACAGCUGGAGGGCCGCAGGUUAAGCAUCCCUAUGCUAGGCUGUCUACCAUUGGCCUAGCACUGUAUACUGUGGUACUAGCGCUAUAUUAUGGUGCAGCUUCCCAGUAUUCACAGCUGUGAGAGCCAGUGCAUAGGAAUUCUUUGGCCAGGUUCACAUCUGCGGCAGAGGUUCCGUUAUUAGAUUCCGGCAAAAAUGCAGGACAAAAUGCCGCAACAGACCGCCUCACUCAGGUAUAUGGGGGGGAGGGGUAGAGCUUUACAAAGCUGUUCCAUUCAAAAUUACAUGUUUGGUAGAAUAUGAUGGUUCACAAACUUCCUGAAACAUUGAGAUCUGAUAUUGGCAAGCCAUAGGCUAGCUGGAUUCCAACCUGGCUAGUAUGAAGUGGCUUAUGAAGGACAAACUUGCAAAGGAAUGAUGGAUAACGGACUGCAGUAUGUUUAUGGCCACUGAUGCUCUACGCAAAAAAUUAAAUGUAAUUUUUUAGGUGAAUUGCCGUAAAAUAACUAGAUGUACUAUACUGUAUUGCGUUGUACACAGAAUCACCACACAUAAAUAUAUAAUGCUUAGUGAAAAAAUCCUGGCCGGUACCACACGGACUGUGUUCCACGGACAUGUGAAUGCAGCCUAAUACAGAGCUUUUAAUAUUCUGUAUAGCCAUAAAUUUGAAAGAUAACAUGCUGGCUAUCUACAGCCACCACUAGAGGCUGCAUGGGAGCUUACUUCAAUCUCUGUCUUAUCAUUGCAAAAUAGUAUGCAUGGAGCUACUGAGCUCCCUCUAGUGGCGGCUGCUGGUAAUCAGCAUUUUGUGGGAGAUUUAUCAUCUCCCUUGCGCCAGCAAAGUGGCUUUAAAAAGUUGAAUGCUGUGUGUUUGCACCUUUUUUAAAUGUGACCUUUAUAAAAUAAAAAAAAAGCAAGUGUCGCUUUUUACGCCGCCCUUGCCA